AUGUCGCACGUCACAUGUCACACGUCAAACGUUACAUGUCGCACGUCACAUGUCACACGUCACACGUCACAUGUCAGACGUCAAACAUCACAUGUCGCGCGUCACACGUCACACGUCACACGUCACAUGUCGCACGUCACACGUUACAUAUCGCACGUCACACGUCACACGUCACACGUCACAUGUCUCACGGCACAUAUCGCACGUCACACGUCACAUGUCGCACGUCACACGUCACAUGUCGCACGUCAUACGUCACAUGUCACACGUUCUAUGUCACACGUCUCAUGUCACACGUCCCAUGCCGCACUGUCACACGUCACACAUCACAUGUCACAUAUUACAUGUCGCACAUCACACGCCACACGUCACAUAUCACAUGUCACACGUCACAUGUCGCACAUCACACGUCACAUGUCGCACGUCAUACAAAACAUGUCGCACGUCAAAUACUUCAUCAAAUUACGAUCUGACCCUCGGAAACAAAGACCGAUGACUCUUGUAUAG